UAUAUAUAAGCAUUUACAUAUAGUAACACACACAUCUCUCUCACACAUAAAACCAAACUCCAAAUCUUCUCUUUUGUUGCGCAAACCUGUAUUUCCAGGUCAGUUCGUUCACUAGAUGGACCCGGUUCAACCCGCGUUUUUCCUGCCGCCGGAGACCCCAAGAGAGCCGAUGGAGUUUCUUUCUCGCUCUUGGAGUGUCUCUGCUCUCGAAGUCUCCAAAGCUCUGGCUCCGCAUCAGGUGCUAGCGAAGACCUUGAGUGGAGGAGUUAACGGUGCUGGUUGUGGUGGUGGUCCGACUAUACCGGAGGAUUUGGCCGGAGAGUUGGAGGAGGCGGCGACCGUCUCCGGCAACCCUUUCUCGUUUGCUUCUUCCGAGACUUCGCAGCUUGUCAUGGAACGUAUAAUGUCGCAGUCUCAGGAGGUAUCACCACGUACUUCUGGAAGACUCUCUCACAGCAGUGGCCCAUUGAACGGUGGCCAGAGUUGUGGCUCUCUCACUGACAGCCCCCCUGUCUCUCCGUCCGAAAUCGAUGAUGCCAAGUUUUGUCGAUUGAACAACCAAUUGAAUGCCCAGUACAGAAGUGGACCCACCGGUGGUGGAGGGAAGACAGUUGGGAGGUGGUUGAAGGAUAGGAAAGAGAAGAAGAAAGAGGAGACGAGAGCUCAAAAUGCGCAACUCCAUGCUGCUGUUUCAGUUGCCGGGGUUGCUGCUGCUGUGGCUGCCAUUGCUGCUGCUACUGCUGCCUCCUCUGGGUCAGGGAAGGACGAGCAGAUGGCUAAAACUGAUAUGGCCGUUGCUUCGGCUGCUACGUUGGUCGCGGCUCAGUGUGUGGAAGCUGCCGAGGCCAUGGGGGCCGAGCGUGAUCACCUUGCUUCUGUAGUUAGUUCUGCAGUUAAUGUACGUUCAGCUGGGGAUAUCAUGACAUUGACAGCCGCAGCUGCGACAGCACUGCGUGGGGCGGCAACAUUGAAGGCAAGAGCAUUAAAAGAGGUAUGGAAUAUAGCAGCAGUGAUUCCAGUGGACAAGGGAAUGAAUGCUGGUGGUGGGAGCAAUGGAAGUUCAAAUGGGAGUUACAGUGGUGAGCUUGUUCCGGAAGAGAAUUUCCUAGGCAUAUGCAGCCGAGAACUUCUUGCCCGAGGUUGUGAGCUCCUUAAGCGGACUCGCAAAGGAGAUCUUCAUUGGAAAAUAGUUUCUGUUUAUAUCAACAGGUUGGGCCAGGUGACGUUGAAGAUGAAGAGCAGGCAUGUUGCUGGGACCAUCACAAAAAAGAAAAAGAAUAUUGUGUUGGAGGUGUUGAAAGAUAUGCCGGCUUGGCCUGGCCGUCACUUGCUUGAAGGUGGUGAGAACAGGCGAUACUUCGGAUUGAAGACUGUACUGCGUGGUAUUGUCGAAUUUGAGUGCCGGAAUCAGAGAGAAUAUGAUGUAUGGACUCAAGGUGUCUCAAGACUAAUCUCCAUUGUUGCCGAAAGGAACAAUAAUAGACACAGAAUUUGAAGUUUCAGUAGAAAUGGGGUAGUAGAAUUGGCAAAUGGUGAAGACUUGAAAUAGAAAUCUAUGGCCCUUUUGAGGCUUUGGGACUAACCAUAUGUUUUGAAAAUUAGGUGGGAUUGCUUUUGUUUUUGUUUUUGUUUUUGUUUUUUUUUUGUCCCCUUUUUUUGGGUGCUUGUAUUGUAAAAAGAGAAUUUGAAGUAUAAGAUAAGUUAUCCAAAUGGUGGAUCUCUUUCCUUUA